UGAGGCUAGUGGCACUCCUGUUAGAUCAGACCCUAAUUUUUUUGUACCACGCAAUGUUCCAGGUGCACAACCUUCACUUGAAGGUACAGGAUGAAAUAGAGAGAAGCAUGAACAAGCAAAGAUAGCAACAUCAAACUUUUGGUUUUACAAUAAUAUACCUUUCAAUGCAACAAACGAUGUGUAUUGGGAAGGUUUGGUUAAUGCAUUAACAAUUGCGGAUAAGGGGUUUAAGGCCCCAACGGGUCAUGACUUCAGUGGGCCAUUGCUAGAGCAAGCUGUAAAAAAUACACAAGUUGUGGUUGAUGAUCAGGAAAGGUAUUGGAAGAGAAAAGGAUGCAACAUUUUAUCUGAUGGAUGGACAGAUGUACGGAAUAGGACUCUUCUCAACUUCUUGGUGGCUUCAAAUGGUGCAAUGGUAUUCCUAAAGUCUAUUGAUGCCUCAAAUGAAAUAAAAAAUGUAGACACUUUGUGUAAUCUAUUGGAUGGGGUAGUUCAGGAAGUUGUCGUUGAGAAUGUUGUCCAAAUUAUCACGGACAACGUAGGUGCAUAUGUAUCUACAGGUAGAAUGCUUAUGGAGAGGCAUCUUAUGAUUACAUGGAGUCCUUGUGCUGCACAUUGUUUGGACUUGAUGCUAGAGGACAUUGGGAAGAUUGGAUGGGUGAAAAAGGUGGUUGCAAAUGCAAGAAGUGUCACCAAAUUCAUCUACAACCAUACUUGGGUGCUUGCUUUGAUGAGAAAACACACAAAUGGCAAGGACCUUGUGCGACCUGGAGUGACACGAUUUGCUAGCCACUUCAUCACUUUGUAGAGCAUUCUUAGUGCCAUUCCUCAUCUUAAGCAGAUGUUUGUGUUUGAUGCUUGGUUGGGAUCUGCAUACUCUAAAAGAUCUGAAGCAAAGAAGGUUGUGAGCAUUGUUUUUUAUGAAGGGUUCAACAAAAGUGGAGAGGAGUUGACUGCGAUAAGUAACAAACACAAAAGUAAACUUAAUACAAUCUUGUCUAUUUGCUGAUUUUAUUUUUUAGGGGUUAAUUUUGUACUAAUUUAAAAUUUGUUUUCAUAUUUUUAGGUGACAAAACCUUUGGUAAGGGUUCUUCGUAUGGUGGAUGGAGAGGGCAUGCCAAUGGGUUUCAUUUAUGAGGCCAUGGAUAGGGCCAAAGAGGCCAUUUCACAUUACUAUCGUGGAAAUACAAGAAAAUGUGAAAUCCUUUGGCACAUCAUUGAUUGUAGGUGGACAAACCAACUCCACCAACUGAUACAUGCUUUUGCCUACUUUUUGAACCCAAUUCAUUUAGGGCUGAUGAGGAGGUCAUGGCAGGUGUUAUUGCAUGCAUUGAUAAGAUGGCACCUGAUCCUGAGUUGAGAGACAAGGUUUUUGAUGAGUUGGAGAUAUACAAGAGUGCAGAGGGGAGACUCUUCUCAUCACAACUAGCAAUUGCUAGGAGAGGAAAACAACAACCAGAUUUAUGGUGGGAGAAUUAUGGUCUUGGCACGCGUAAUCUUCAAAAGAUAGCUGUCAGUGUUUUGUCUCAGCCAUUUAGUGCUUCUGGGUGUGAACAAAAUUGGAGUGUAUUUGAGAGCAUUCACACCAAGAAGAGAAAUAGAUUGACACGAAAAUGGCUCAAUGAUCUUGUCUUCAUUCGGUAUAACCUUUGCCUUCGAGUUAGAAAGGUGGAGGGUGUUUCACACGAGGCCAUUGACUUGGAUGAAAUUGAUCCAUAUGGUGAUUGGACCGUGAAUGAACAAAAUGAUGGUGAUGAUGUCCUCCUUAGUGAAGAAGAAAUUGCAGAAAUAGAGAGAGGAGCAGCACAAGGAGUAGAAGGAGCAAGAUUGGAUGAAAUGGAGGACGAAGAUGAGGACUUUGACUUUGACUUUGAAGAAGAAUCAUCUCACCAUUUAGAUACCACAACACCCAUUGCUACUACUUCUAGCUCAAGGCCUGAAAAAUUGAGCUAUAUUAGGAGAAAUACAAAGAAGAAGACGUAGUCUUCUCUUUAGUUUGUUCAUUGUUGUUUUUCACAUUUGGAGUUGGACAUAUCAUUAUAUGUAAUUUUGUAAACAUUUAUAAACUUAUGCUGCUAUUAUACAUUUUAGAGUUGAAACUAUGAGUAUGAAUGAUGAAAUUUCAAAUAUUGAGUGUUUGUAGAUCAUAUGACAUGUGUGAUGUUUCAAUUAUGGCUCUUAUGUUCUCUAAAUGCAUUAAUUUCUUUGUUUUUUUUGUAAAACUAUGGUUUUUUUUUGUCGAGUCCUUGUUGAGUCUUUCGCGAGUCUUUCACGAGUCCGAGUCUAAGUCCAAUUUUUUGGUUUGCCGAGUUUGUGGUGAGUCCAAGUAUUAAAACUUUGCCUAGAACAUGUGUA